AUGGCCUCAGAAGUUUCUGGUCCGUCUCUACCAGAGGCUGGCGAUGUUCAUACGACGCUAAACUCAAACACAAAUACAGCUGCAGAUUCAAACAUUCCCAAGCGAAAACCUCUCCCAGCUCAACCGCAACCGCCCCUUGCGUCCGACACUUCCAUCCCCCCACCGACGAUCGCCAAAGAUGAACACACAAAGCAAGACAGAAAGGAACCUGCGGUAGAAUAUAACACUGUGAACGACAAUAAUGGAACCUCAAAAUUUGCAUUCCCGCUUUCGCUCGCUGCCCUGGAUAGACUCCGUCUAGGCCCGUUGGAAAAGUACUUGCCGUACGAUAGACGUCGACGACGAUAUAUCAUUGUUGGAGCCAUUGCGGGUAUCAUAGCUCUACUCGCCCUCAUAAUUGGACUUGCAGCGGGAUUAACUGCCGGAAAAGGCAAAACACAAAACCUCCCUCUCCCGACAUCCAACGGCGGCCCGUAUACCGGCGACAUGACCUACUACUCUCCAGCCCUCGGUGCAUGCGGCAUAACAUCCUCUGAUUCCGACAGCAUCUGCGCUGUCUCGCACACCAUCUUCGAUGCCGCUCAGACAGGCUCCGACCCCAACGCAAACCCGCUGUGCGGAUUGAAAAUCCGCCUUCGAAGAGAUCCAGAUGAUCAAACAAGUGUGGAUGUCACUGUCGUGGACCGGUGUGUGGGCUGCAAGGCUACGGAUAUUGACACGACGACGAGUGUGUUUGCGCAGUUGGCGGAUAUCGAUCAGGGACGGGUUACCAUUGACUGGGCUUGGUUGGAGAGUGAGCCGGUUAAUGUGACGGGGUCGUGA